AUGUCUCAAGUUAUUCCAAGGGCAUCAUGGCUCUCACUCAUCGUGGUAGCACUGCUGGCAGUCUCCACUGUCAACGCACAUCCAGUCCACCAGGCAGACGAAGAGAUGGAAAAAGGACACACCGGUAAACUUGAAUCUCGAUCACCGAGACUUAUUCCAGAUACCCAGAAGUACGUUCAUGACAUCUUGCAAGGGUUGGGCCUGGAAGAGCCAACCUCAACCUCAACCUCAACACCAACCGCCACGCCCACUGCCAGCGUCAAGACCAAGCAGGACUCGGAGAGCAUGAAUCCAACAAAAACCACGGAGAUUACCUACUCCAGCUCUACCAGUUACACACCCACUUAUAGCGGCAAUUCGGCAAGCUACACUCAUACUGUGAAGAACGUGCACAGCUACAACAGGCCAGUGGAGAACGUUCAGCUUGGGCAUGGUUGGAAUGGGGAUAAGAAAGUUACUGUUGAUGAUCUCCCAGCUGCCUUUGAUGCUUUGUAUAAGGUGUUGGAGCAUCGAUUGAAGGAUGCAAUUGACAGCUCUGAUGAGAUUGGAUUGGAUGAAUUCCUGUGA